AUGGAUACAUUACCAAGCAUUGUUAUAACAACAAUAGCUAGUCAUUUGAAUAAUGAACUUGACUUGUUCUGUCUUGGCUUGGUGGCCAAACGAUACUUUGUCAUCUAUGACAAGUUGACAAUGGUACCAAGGUUGUCUACAACCAAGCAACAACAAGGAGAUGAAGAUGAUGCACCACCUACAAGGAUGACAGCAAACCCCAUCAACCCUGGUUCAAUCCCAGCAUCAGUCACAGAUCUCACAUUCACAGACACAUUCAAUGAUACGAUACACUUGGAUUGCAUGCCUCCAUCACUCAAACGAUUGAAGAUAGGUCGGUUGUAUAACAGACCAAUACCACCUGGUGCCCUGCCCGCCUCACUCCUAUUCUUUAGUAUGAGUCAGGGAUUCAACAUGCCAAUCGAAGCCGGGGCACUCCCACCUGCGCUGACCACCCUCCAACUUGGCGCCACAUUCAAUCAACCUCUUGGAGUCAAUGUCCUCCCGGCCUCACUCCGAUCACUAAGCCUUGGUGAAGAGUUUAAUCAGCCCAUUCAACAUGAUGUGUUGCCACCAAGUCUCACCAGUCUGGACCUCAGCGAGAAGUUCAAUCACCCAAUCGUGCCUGGACUGCUGCCCGCAUCACUCAUGAUCCUUGUAUUUGGAGGCCGAUUCAAUCAGACCUUGGUCCCUGGCGCCCUCCCCCAAUCACUGACCAGCGUAUACUUUGGAAGCCGAUUCGAUCAGGUACUCUAUCCUGGCGUGCUCCCGCCGUCACUCAUUCAAUGCAGCUUCGCUUUUGAUCACAUGAAACAGUUGUUUCCGGGCUCGCUACCAGCGUCCCUUCGCUCACUCACUCUUGGCUACAGCUUUAACUUGACCCUGGACCCAGGCAUCCUGCCCAGCUCACUCACACAGCUGGUCACAGGCUUCAGGUUCAACGCGGCCUUUGAGCCAGGCUCGCUCCCCUCAACACUGGCCACGCUCACUUUGAACCACUCGUUCGUUCAACGUCUUGUCCCUGGAGUGCUACCGUCCUCUCUCACAAGUCUGUCGUUGGCAGGCCAGUACAAUCAUCCGUUUGAUCUUGGAGUGUUGCCACAAGGACUGCAAUUCCUCGAGCUGGGAGAGUUCAACCAGCCCUUGCAACCGGGCGAGCUACCAUCAUCACUGGACACACUGUUGUUUGGAAGCGAGUUUGAUCAAGCGUUGCCCAAGGGCGUGUUGCCAGUGCGACUCUUUGAGCUGCGCUUAGGAAGAUACUUCCAGCAGACACCCGACAAGGUCGUGUUCCCAAGCACGCUCAACACACUCAGGAUCAUGGAUCUUCGGCGCCAAGGACAAUAUGUGAACCUGCUCUCAAUGGAAUCAUUCCAACGAUUGAUCGUCACAACUAUAAUUGAACAAGAGUAUACUGAUGAUGGACCUAUAACAUUAUUAUCCAAUGCCAGGAUACCAAUGUUGUGUGCAGAGAUGUAUGGUGCACAGGCAGUAUUUGACAAACUACAACGUGCAAUCUAUAGUCAAUUGCCCAAUGUUGCCACAUACAACUUCCGCCAGUAUUAUGUACGUCGUCCUCGCAUCCACUACCUCAUUCGAUUCAUCAACCCUGGUGAGAUGCUCAUCGCAUUAUACAACGAUAUGACAUUAGACAAUCCAUCACCUAUCUCACACUGUCAAUUCAGACGAUUAUAA